AUGGUUAAUGAUCGCUGUGUAGUUGGUAUUUGCAAUAACGAUAAACGUUAUCCAGAGCGGUACGAAAUACAUAGUAACGUUAAAUCUGGAAAAUUAUGUUUCCACAAAUUGCCUGUUGAUGGAAAAACAAGAAAAUCAUGGAUUCAUACAGUUUCUAAAGGGCGAAAACACUUUGUUAUACCUAAACAUUUUAAAAUCUGCUCUAACCACUUUGUCGAUGGCAUGGCCACUUAUGAAAAUCCUAACCCAACACUCUUUUUGACAUACACCAUGAAUGUUCAAUGUACUCCGGAAAAAAAACAAUCAAGACCUCCUCCAAAAAUCAGAAUAACAUCUAUUUUAAAACCUGUUUCUUCAAAAAUGAUUGAAUCUAUUAACUCUAACUCGGAUACACUUACAGCUGAAGAGUUGUCAGAUCUUAUAAUUGUUUCUUCAGACGAAGAAAGCUUAAUAUCGUUCGAAAUAACUCCAUAUGUUAGUGGCGAUGCAGUUGCGGCAGAAUUAUUACACCCACCCGCCUCUCCCCAAAAAAAAUACACUGUAAAUCCAAUUUUAUCUAAGAAUAAAGCAGGCUACAGUGUUAAAAAUAAUAUAGAGCCUACUCUAUUAUCAACGUAUACUGCUUUACAGUUUUGUCAUAUUACUAGGGACUCAGAUGUAUCGACUUUUACAGGUUUAAAAAAUGCAAAAAAGUUUCAAAGUGUUUUCAAUAAUGUCAAGCACAAAGCAGCAGUUAUAAAAUACUGGGAUGGGAAUAAGAGAACAAAUCGAUUACGAAAAACUAUGUCCAGUGUUGAAUCCGUCGAGCAGCUACAUUUAUCAGAAGAUUAUACUAUUAGCGAUAACUUAUUUCCUAUAAGAAAAAGCGGACCUAAAAGAAAAAUCUCACUGGAACAGGAAUUUCUUUUAGUUAUGAUGAAAUUACGUUUGGGUCUUUUAAUUGAAGAUUUAGCUUUCCGCUUUUGUAUAUCCGCUGGAACAGUUUCCCAAAUUAUUAUUACAUGGGUAUUAUUGUUAUUUAAAGAGUUGGACAGCCUAAUCUUGUGGCCUAGCCGGAAUACAAUUCGAGCAACUAUGCCAAACUGUUUUAAGCGAUUAUAUCCAAAAGUGAGAACAAUUAUAGAUUGUUCUGAAAUAUUUUUUGAAACAUCAAGUGCUCUUGAUGUUCAAGCUUGUUCAAAUUUUUAA